AAGGCCAUUGCUCUUCACAUACGCACAACCGCCAUGUCGUCGCAUAUGCCUCCGCAGACCAUCUCGGUCAAGCGCAAACGUACUGAAGCGCCCGUGGACUCGCUGCGCAUCGAUCACGAAGUCAAGCGACAAAAAAGCCAGAACCUUGACGCAGGCUUCAACUCUGAGCCAGAAGUUCAAUUCUUCUUCCGACGACUCACGAAGCCAGGCGACGAUGCUCACAUAGCCACGGCCCCACCGACGCCAACUGCCCAGAGGCGUUUCCGCCUUGACCCCGUAUCGAGAAUCGGGGCGAAGAGACAUUUCGUCGAGGAACAAGAGUCGCCCAAAGAUGAGAGUACCUUGGUUGGGGGCCAAGUACAAUCCCCGGCAUCGGAGCCUGCACUCGACAUACCAUCACGGCCACGGAAGAGGCCUGGGGCGGGGAGCGCACUGCGGAAUGCAUCAAAAUCAAGCAUACAGAGACAGGUCCAAGUGUCUGAGCCGUCUGAAAAGGACGUGCGUAAUCUUGAGGCACUUUCAAAAGAGGUGGAGAAGAUAGACAAUCUCAAGAUCCCCCUGCCGUCGACAUCGCCAUCGAAGUACAAACCCAAGGCCCCUGCGAAACGGUUUGCUGAGCGUCAUCCCGAAAAAGCCGCAGCGCUAUCAUCAAAUGACCCCGAAGCUACAGACGUGGAUGCAAUGGACGUAGAUAGCGAAUACGUCUACGACCAUUAUGUGCGCGAGCCCGUUCUGCCGGAUGCACCAGUGCCAACAGGGAGUGUGGGACUGCUGGUGAUUGGCGAAGAGGACGCAGACUGGUGGGACAAGGAAGAAGGCAGCGAGCGAGAGUUUGAUACGGAUGACGAGGACGAGAAUGCAGAAGACUAUUACGCUAAUGACUAUCCGGAAGACGAAAUGAGCGACGACGACGAGUUUGAUCGCAAUCUGUACAAGUCAAAGUACCGCCAUGGCAGCGAUGAAGAAGAGUACGAUAUUGAGCGCGAUGAGGGCGACAGUGCGCUUGCCAGCGGCGAGGACGACGACGAUUUGCAUUUCAAGAUGACGGUACCAAAAGCGCAACGAGUGGGGUACUGGGGUAUGAAGGACGAAUGAGGAACUUGAUAGAACCAUCGUAUCAUCACCAUGCACAGGUGUACGAUAUGGUGUCUAUCUCUUUUUUUCCCUUGUCCAUCUCUCGUCUUCGAUACAACACGUAAUGGAAACUUGUUGAAGCUGACCACGUACGUCGAGCAUAUACUUUGGUACUGAUCUCGAUCAGCAAGCCAAGGCCCUUUUUUCUUCUACCCCACACUCUCAACCUUCUUUGUAGACCAUCCUUGUCCGUUUCAUAACCCCCCAUCUUAACCAGGAUUCAUACACGGUGGCAUUCUCCGCCUUCCCC